AGCAUGCAGAGGAUAAUCGCAAUUGUGGCCAUUGUGGCAGCUGGACUUUCUCUGGUGGCAGGACAGACCUGUCAGGAGUGCCAGACGGACAACGAUGUGUACUGCCACAACCAGACCGCAUACCAAAAUUGCAUGAAAAGCGCACCAGUUGGCGAUAUUGUGUCGUGUCCCACGGGCACAGUCUGCUCCAAUUCCGACGACGUCUGCGUUGCCAGCUCCGAGGUGAGCACCACCGUGUUAGACGUCUGCGGAAGCUCUGCUUCAAAUGGAGCCAGCUGCGAAGUGUGUUCCAGCAAAUACGCCUGUGUCAGCAGUACCCAGUAUGUCCGGUGCUCCUCCAGCGGAUCCCUCAUAACCUCCAAUGUGUAUAGCUGCGCCUCCGAUGAGAGUUGCAUCAUCGACGCUCUUUCUGUUUUUGGGUCCCUUUGUGUGCCUGCUUGUGCCGCCGAUUUCGCUGGCUAUAGUGCCUCAUGCAGCAACAGUGUGUACCAGCCUGCCACCACGACAGCUGCUCCAACAACAACACCCACUGCCACCCAAAAAGAGGAGAUCUGCAGUGCUGCCGAGCCCACUACCAACUACGGGUACUUCUUCGCCAGCAAUACCGACGACUCCACGUGCAAGACCUACUUGUACUGCCAGAAAUCGGGAUCCAACUGGAUAGCCAUCUUCAUGACCUGUGAUGCCUCGAAACCCUACUUCGACUCGACCACUAGCUCCUGUGUGGUGACCAAGCCUACCAGCUGCUCGGUAACAACCACCACGAGUUCCUCGACCUCCUCUACAACUCCGUCUCCCACUAGUAGUGAUUCAACGGAGGCUUCCACGGAAUCUUCUUCAGCUGGUGCUUCCUCGGAGGCUCCAUCUACAGCUGCUCCCACCGAUUCUUCUUCUUCAACUGAUUCUUCGAGCGGUUCUUCUUCCACCGAAUCUUCAACGGCUUCUUCCACUGAUUCUUCUUCCUCGGAGGAUUCUUCAAGUGAUGAUUCUUCCAGUGAAGCUACAACUGCUUCUGCGUAGUCGAAUGAUGGCUAUUCUUUCCUGCUUCAACCGCGAAAUAAUGAACACAGCAAAACUUUUAAAGUAUAAAAACUGUGCAUUGCGAUUGUAGACAAUCUUCAAUAAGCUUUUAAUAAAUCAAAAAUAAUAGUUACGUUACAUUA